AUGAAUGAUAAUACAAGCGAUGAAGGUAAUUACAGGUCAGAUGAUAAUUUAUUAAAAACAAUACAAAAUAAUGGACAAAUCUCAUUGAGAAAAUUUAAUAGAAUUCAUGAUAAAAUAAAUAUACAAAGUGACGGAUCCAAACAUAAAGGAAAAGGUGUAAAAGACGAUUCUACUUAUGAAGAAGAAUCUAUUAAUGGUGAUGAAGAAUAUCAAGAAGAUGGAAAAGAAGGAGGUACAACCAUCAUAAGAAGGAGUAAAAGGUUAAAAGAUAAACCGAGUUCGAUGAACUAUGCUAAAGAAAAUUUUUGGAUGAUUAAUGAUGACCUUGAGGGAAGUGAUGAAGGGUCGAAGAUGAAAGUUGAUAAUCGAGAUAGUGAUGAAAAUGGUGAAAGUGAACGUGACUAUAUAGUUUCUGUUAUUGAAGGAAUGAAGUGUAAAAAGAAUGAGGACGACGAAGAUGAAGAAAUGAAUGACGAAGAAUCACAUGUUCCUUUCACCGAAAGAAAUGGAAUGGAUAAUAAUAAUAGUAGUAACGUUAAUCAGAACAACUUGGAAAGAACAUUUAAGUGA